AACAGUUCAAUCAUUUCAAUUGGCACAUUGGACAAAACCUUGUUAUUGGGUAGAAAGGAACUGCAGAUGGUAGUUUACACCGAAGAUAGAGACACAAUGCUCGAAUAACUCAGCAGGUGGGACGGUAUCUCUAAGAACAUGGAUAGGCGAAGUUUAUGAUUGAGAGCCUUCAGGCUGCAAAGUUCACACUUUGUGAACUUUAUAACUGAGCACCGAUUCCAACUGCGCAUGUUCAUUAGCAGGAGCAGCUUGCGCAUGCUUUGCUCUGUAGUAGGUUGCGGGCAAUAUAUUGUGGCCGGGUAGAUGUAUCAGCAACGCGAACAUUAAUGAGGCCGGGGCUGUGAUUAAUAAUACAAGUGGAGCUGCACGAUUUUGCAAAGAAUACCAAAUGAAGGCGGCUAUUUCAUCCAAAUCCUGCCUCUAUCUAUUGAUUUGAAUUUGCCUCCUCCAGGCUGACCGAUCCUGGGAAAGAACAAGAUAGAACAUCUCCGGUUGGGUUGGUUCAUUGCUGGGCGACUGUCGGUAGCGAAAUCUCGUUUCUUUGCCAUCAAUGACGGCGGUUGCAGAAUCCAACAUCCGCAGCCUCUUGUGUCCCUGCACUUCCUUCUGCAGCGCCCGGCUCUCGGUUUCCUUGCCCGGGAUUUAUUUGCAGCAAACUUGAGUGCGGUGAGGCCGUGCCGUGCCGUGACGUGGCGCAGCGCAGCACUGCACUGCCAUGGAUGUCGGGGAGGAGAUCGACAUGGAAGUUAUGAAUCCUCUUAUAGAAAAGACUCAUAGUUCUGAAGAAAUGUCAGAUGAAGAGCAGGAUUCUGAACUAGCAGGUUUACACUUGAGGCAAACUGGGGAUGAACAGGGCAUCUCGUUCACACAAACAUUAAUUCAUUUGUUAAAGGGAAAUAUUGGAACUGGUCUGCUUGGUUUACCUCUUGCAAUCAAAAAUGCAGGGCUGAUGCUGGGACCAAUCAGUCUGGUUAUUAUGGGAGUAGUGGCUAUUCAUUGUAUGCAUAUUGUAGUACGCUGUAGCCAUCACUUCUGCCAAAGAUUUAAAAAGCACGGCCUGAGUUAUGGUGAUACAGUUACAUUCGCAAUGGAGCAUGGACCAUUCCCUUGUCUUCGAAGCAAAGCUCCAUUUGGAAGGGUAACUGUGGAGUUUUUCCUCAUCAUUACACAACUUGGAUUUUGCUCGGUUUAUUUUGUUUUCCUUGCUGCCAACAUGAAACAGCUGGUGGAAGGUUUCAUGAGGAAUCAUACAAGUUACAGUGACCUAAAUAUGACCAGAAACAUGCAGGACCAUAAUGAAGACUGGAACAUUGAUGCAAGGAUUUACAUGCUCAGCUUGCUUCCUUUUUUGAUCUGCUUUGUGUUUAUUCGUGAUCUAAAGUACCUUGCAGUAUUUUCUUUCAUGGCGAAUCUUUCAAUGGCUGUCAGUCUAGUUAUCAUCUACCAGUAUAUUAUUAGGGGCAUACCUCAUCCAAAGGAGCUUCCACUGAUCGCCAGCUGGAAGAAAUAUCCACUUUUUUUUGGAUCUGCAAUAUUUGCUUUUGAAGGAAUUGGGUUGGUUCUUCCAUUAGAAAAUAAAAUGAAACAAAGAAAACGGUUUCCACAAGCAUUAAACAUUGGUAUGGGCAUCGUCACGGCUUUGUAUGUUUCACUGGGAACCCUGGGGUAUCUGCACUUUGGUGAUAGUGUUCAGGGCAGUAUUACAUUAAACCUGCCACAAAACAUAUGGCUAUACCAGCUGGUGAAACUCCUUUACUCAUUUGGGAUCGUGGUGACUUACACAAUCCAGUAUUAUGUGCCAGCGGAGAUCAUUCUUCCAGCUGUUUCCGCAAGGGUACAUCAGAGAUGGAAGCUACUUUGUGACCUUGCAGUCCGAACACUUCUUGUUUGUCUAACUUGUGCCACAGCUAUUUUAAUUCCACGCCUUGAUUUAGUGAUUUCAUUCGUAGGAGCCGUCAGCAGCAGCGCUCUGGCUCUCAUCUUCCCUCCCAUUCUGGAGAUCAUCACCUUUUCUGGAGAAGGUGUCUCCAUCUGGUUGCUUCUGAAGGACAUCCUCAUAGCACUGAUAGGAAUCAUUGGCUUUUUGACUGGAACAUAUGUGACUAUAGUGGAAAUCCUCUCUCCAGAAAUGGCUUCAGUGACUGAACUCGCUACCAGUCCUUCCUUCAAUGUCAGCUCCACAGUACUGGACACUUGGGCCAAUGCUUCAAGGACAUGAAGAAAAUAUACUACAGAGUGGCUCGUCAGAGGAGUUCUGGAAAUUAUCAACUACCUUUAAACAAUGUGGGAAUGGAAACAUUGCAUUGGGUAUUUAUGCUCUUCACUACUACUCGAAUGGUUUUACGCACUAACAGAUAUGACACGUUGGUUGAUGAGAAUGCGGUCUUGGCUGCAUCCAUCAUAAGUUGUUCCUGAUUAUUUGGAAAGUGUUCACUCCAACAGUCUCUAUUUUUGCCAUCUAUUGUCUACACGGCUGCUCUUUGGGUCUUGGAUAAAUGGAUAUUACAGUCCAGUAUUUUCCUUUAAUUGGGAGAUGUCAAACUUCCACUCUGAAUCUCUUUUAGAAAGACUAUGCUGAGACAAGAAACCGGAGAUAGGCACAAAAAGCUGGAGUAACUCAGCGGGACAGGCAACAUUAAUGGGUUACAUUUCAGGUCAAGACCCUUCUUCAGAUUGAUGAAGAGUCUCAACCUGAAAUGUUACCCGUUCCUCCUCUCCAGAGAUGCUGCCUGUCCCGCUGAGUUACUCCAGCUUUUUGUGUCUAUCUUCGGUUUAAACCAGCAUCUGCAGUUCCUUCUUACACAAGAAACCUAUGAAAUGGCUAUUGUCAAUGUGAAUCAAUGCAUAAAAUGUCUUGACACUAACAUUUAGAUACUUUUCAUAAAGAUCCUUCAUGGUUGUGUUUGUGACUUGUUCCAUCUAUAGAAAUUGUAUCUACCUAUAGGACAUAAACUCACAGAUUUGACUCAUUAAAUGAGGUACAGGGGCUUGAAUGUUUCUCCAUCAGCUGUCAUGUUUUCCACAAUAGCCAUCAUUUUGUCUAAUUCAAUAAUUCAUUGAACUCAGUGUUGGUUACAUUGGAGCCGAAGGACAAUGACAGUUCACCAACUCAGUAAUAAACACCUGGUGAACUAAAAAUAAUCAACCGUUUACAUGUUUGUAUGACUAAAAAUUGCUGAUCUCAUCUAAUGGCAACUUCCCAAUAUAAAAUAAUAUCAUGCAAUUUGGUAUACUGGUGAUUGGGUUCAAUUGUGGACCCUUUGUAUGAAUAUCACUGACAAAUUCAGAUCAAAUCUACUUUCAGCCGAGCAGCUCAGAUAGACCUCGCCAUAAUUCAAUUAUUGUUGCUGUAGUUCAAAUACAAUCUUCAAAUGGCAUCUGCACAUGUGCAUGGUCACAACAAAGGUUUCAAGUGCCAACAAGGGUGGCAAGAGGAAUUGGCGAUAAUAGAUUUGGUCAUGGGUGGUAGCAGCUCUAGGACUGGAGAGGUAGAAGAGAGGAAUAUAGAUGAACAUCCAGUGAAAUGGAAUGGGGUGAUAGUAAAGAUGGUGGAUGGUAGUGAUUUUCAAUCAGAACUAUGGAACAGGUGAGGGUAGAUCUGCGAUCAGAGAGAUGGAAUAGAUGAUUGUAGAUUUAGGAUCGGGGAGAUCGAAUAGGUGGUAGAAGAUUGGGGAAAUGGGACGUAUGAUUCUGUAAUCAGGGAGGUGGAACAGGAGAUAGAAGAUUUUGAAUCAGAGAGGUGGAAUGGGGGCGAUUGUAGAUUUAGGAUGAGAGAAAUGGAAUAGACAAUAGUGCAUCUAGAAUAAGAGAGGCGGUACAGGUCCUGAUAGAUUAAGGAUCAGAAAGUUGAGCAAGUGAUCGUAGAUCUGGGAUCAGAGAAUGGAGCAUGCAGAAAGAGAUCUGGGAUUUAAGAGGGAGGAAAGGGGAUCGGAAUCAAAUUAAUGGAAUCAUCGAGGAACUGUGUUCUAUUUCGUGUUGUUAACAUUUAUGUUGUUACAAUCACCCUGCUCCACCCCUCAGUCUCUGUUAUAUGUUGAAGACAAAAACAGGAUAAUAGAAGGGGAAUAUUAUGCUGAGCCAUUGUCAAGUACUUCAAGAUCCCAAUCUAUAUUGUAAUCUGCAGUUUUCUGUCCCUUUCAUAUUGAAAAUCCCAUAUGUGGUGAGUUAAAAUAAUUGAUACCACAAUCAUUUAAUGGUGAACUAUGCACUAGUGUAAUAACAUAUGCAAAAUGCAAUUUUUUGAAAAUAAGUUAAAGUUUAUUCAUUUAUAUUUGAUUAUGUUGUACUAUAUAUAAACAUUUAAUUGUGUUUUGUAGCUCAUUGAUACUGCAGAGCUGUGUUGUACAACAGUAUUUCAGUCUUAUCCUCUAAUGAAAAUAAUCUGGUGUCAGCUAAUCUGAAUUUAUGUGCGUGUGGAACCUUUGCUCAAAUUUAGCCAGUUUGGAAAUAUGAUAAUGUGACUUAAGGAAGCAUAAACAUUCAGCUUCUUUACAAUCCUAAUGAUUAGUAAUUGCUGCUCAUUCAGUUGACCUGACCCUUGAAAGUCUGGCGAAAGGUCUUGACCUGAAACGUCACCCAUUCCUUCUCUCCAGAGAUGCUGCAUCACCCGCUGAGUUACUUCAGCAUUUUGUGUCCACUGUGUGAUCCUUGAAAGUGUUGCAUUUGUUCAUUGUGACACCCAGCCACAAUUGUCAUCAAGGAGGCUCUGCCAGUGUAAUUUCAUGGGAUUCUCUGCUGUCUUCAGGCAACUCUCUAGUUCGUGACUUUAGACUGGUGGUAAACUUUCUUGUUUCCUUGUGGAUGCUCGGGUUCUCCGUUUGCUCAGGGCUCUGUUUGGAAUUGUAGAACAAGCUGCUUGUUACUUGCCAUCAUAUAAUUGGGGCUGCAAGCGGCGAAAAGCCUCAGAGACGCACUGCUGCUGCUGGAGAAGAGGAUACAAAAAGCUGCUGUAACUCAACGGGACAAGCAGCAUCUCUGGAGAAAAGGGAUGGAUGAUGUUUUGGGUCGAGACCCUUCUUCAAACGAUUCAGAGCAGCAGCCUCAGGAGGCCCAACGGUAAGCUGCUGCCGUAGGGAAAGGGCAUCCUACUUGUGAUGAAUGGAUGAGUAGGGAAACCAGUGAUUUUGUUUCACUGCCGAUUCUGUGAUGUAAACUUUGGCACCAGCUGAAGAACCACAUGCAUGUGGCACGUUGCCAAUGCGAUCCCGCAAGAUGGUUCUUGUUACACACUCACCUCAUUCCAUGCACAUGAAAUAAGGUGUAGAUGCCUCACAGACCCACAAAACAAUAGGAGGUGAAACAUUUAAGCCGGUGCCUGCAAAGAUAAAGUAACAGUACAUCAUCAUCUUCCUGAUCUGAGCAUCAGAAAGAGGCUCAAGGAACUGCAGAUGCUGGUUUACAAAAAAACACACACAAGGUUCUGGACUAACUCAGUGGGCUCAGGCAGUAUCACUGGAGGACAUGGAUAGGUGAAAUGUUGGGUUGGGGCACUUCUUCACAAUAUAACAUGGAAACAGGUUCUCUGGCUUACAAUAUAUAGUCUCCAUCAAGUAAUCUACUACAAUAAUUCUACACUAAUCCCAUUUUUUUUAAAACUCAAAACACAAAGUACCACAUAAACUCAGUGCCAGGCAGUGGCUUGCUGGAAGGUGAAAAUGUGUCUGCUGGCAUUGGAUGGUAUACAGAAGAGAAAUAAUCAUUAUAAAAUUAAAGUAUAUAUGAAUAUUUAGGAAUCGAGGCAAUGAAAAUCUAUUGGAUGUUGUUAUUAUACCCUUCUGAAGUAUUACUGGUCCAAACUACUCUUUAAAGGCAUACUCGGUCUAACUGAGCACAAGUUAGCAGAAACGUCCUUAACACAGACUAUUGCUAUUGGUGUGGGCAAUCAUAUUUGGGGCAGACAGACUGCCCCUCAGGACCAUUUGUUGCAUCUUCCAGUGGACCUGUCAGAUUUUCAAUGGGAGUGAACCUUCCCUUGGAAGCACUACUGCUUACUAGAAAAGCACAAAGAGAAAUAAAAUGGGAAAAGGUUGCAAGGUUGCAACAAAGAGAAAAUAUUUUUGGGGGUAUUUUUUACUAAAUCAUGCACAUCAUGCAACAAACCUAUUAACACGUAUACGGAUGUUAUCAGGUAUAAUUGGAUUCCGGAAUAAUUCAUUUUCUAGCACUUGGCACAAUGUGAUAUGUGGAAUUUAGUGUAACCUUUUGAGAAUUGAUAUUUGAUGUGAAAAUAGAAUAUUCCUGGGAGUGCACCAUUAAGACUCAGCAAAAAUAUUUAGUUUUAUAGAAUUAUUAAAAUUGGAUAAUUGUUUGGCUAGGAGUGUUGUCUCCACAAUCUCCAAACUUUAAACACUAUAACUAUACUAGUGUUAUAUGAUAAUAUUAUGUGUUACAAAGCAGGCAUGUGGAAAAGCAAUAAUGUACAAACACACCAUCCCACAAAUUAUUUGCAAAGGUGAAUGAAUUUCCACAGGUAACAGUAAUGAGCCAUCAAUUAAAGGAAUAUAGCUUUUUGAGUAUCAUCUUUGUUAUACAUUACAAUUACUGGUACAGAUUUCACUGAUAACAAGCACAAUAUGAAAUACAUAAGUGGAAAUAGAAUAUCCUAUUAUCUUUUGAUUUCUCCUGAACAGUGUUUGCAUUCUGCUCUUGUUUGCCAACAAGAACAUCCUUGAUCAUACUUACAUUAACUUCUGAGACUGUGAAGCUGAUUUUGCAUUGUACUCCUUAAGGGUAAAAAUGAUGUUUUGAGUUUCUUCCAGUUCAUUAUGAGGGUGAUUGCUUUUGUUUAAGGAUUUCAUUACAGACCAGUACAGGCACAACUGGGUUGACAUAUCAAAAUAUUUAUUUUAAACUUGAUAAGACGUUGGGGUUUAAGGGCAGACUACUUUGUCACAAUCAUGCCUCCGUCUGUUGACGUGGUCAAAUAAACUCAUGGUCUUUAUGGACCUUGUAAUAUACUGUAAUAAUAGUGUACUAUUGCAGGUAAAGUGCAUUGCACCUAAGAUUUCAUGUGCUCUUUUGCAAAUUAUUUAAUGUUAGAAGAUAAAAGUGAAAUAUUUUUGGAACAUUUAAAAGAAAGUUUGCUUUUGUAAAAUGCCUUAAUUAGAAAUGUUGUGAUUUAUAAGUGUAAUAAAAUAAUUGUAAUAAAUGGUUUCAAAGCCAGCAAUGAUCAUUAGAAAUUAUAAAUGUUAUUUGACUUUUUGUAGAACUUACAAAUAAGAGUGAAAUAAACAUUUAAGUUA